AUGGGGGCAGCAAUAUGGGUUGGUAUAUUGCAAGUACAAAUUCUUAAUCAAAAUGGAACAUGUGAUGGUAAUGCUACAGUGCCUGGUCAUUGGAUGCCACCUCCUGUGGACCAUUUGAAGUUGAAUUGUGAUGCUGCUGUACUCCAGAAUGGAAAUCAAGUUGGCGUGGGUGUGGUGUGCAGAGAUUAUAGGGGCUCUUUGGUGGGAGCUAUGGGAGAAAUACUCCUGUAUAGAUUGCAACCUCGUGCUGCGGAAUUGAUGGCCAUUUUGAAGGGGUUAGAGUGGUGUAACGGUCAAGGAUGGAGGGGCUUGAUCAUUGAAACUGAUUGCCUCGAGGCCGUGCAAUUAGUUAAUGGUACUGAUGAAUGUCUUGCAGAUGAAGGAUUACUGGUGGAUAGAAUUAGAUUCCUGAUGGGGUCUAUGGGCAUACAAGGCAUUCAUUUUGUGCCUAGGGUGGUUAAUGGGGCAGCUCAUGUAGUAGCGGGAUUUGUAGCUCGUGAUAAUGGCGACAUAGUUAGUUAG